GAGGCGGGAUGCCCGAAUUUCGAGGGUUUCUGAUGCUCUUCGUGACGUCGUGGGCUAUGAUUGGGUAUCGAAGGGAAAAAAUGAUGGGGAUCCUCCUGGAAAUGCCAAAACUAUGCAGGAAAAGUGGUUUUGGUUGGCAUAACCGCCGAAAAUGGGCAGCAGAAUGGAGAGCACCUGUUAAGCGCCUAGAAUGUCUCAUGCGCCGCAGGCCCGAAAACUGACAACAUUUGGAAACCCUACAGGCCGGAUGCCCGAAAAGUGGUCAAAACGGCCCAAACCCCCAUGCCCGAAAUUGACCACUCUUGGCAUAAGACCUUUGGGGGCAUUAGCAGGGGUCCUAACACGACGCGUCGAGAUCACCGCGUCUUGUUGGUUGACCGUUGACGUGUUCUUCUAACAUCCAAGCAAGCACUCGAACUCUGAGACCCAUGCCCAAUUCUGACACUGAUUCUGACACUUUCGCUGACGAUGAUCCCAUACAUUUGGAUGAUGGCGUUCUAGCGAUUUUGGAUGGAGCCACGUCCUACGCGUCUUCUGAAGCCAGUCUACCUAUUGGGUCGUCCGAGCCUGACGCGUCAGAAGACGAGCACAAGCCGAUAAUCUCAAAGAACAAAACUAUGAAGUUGUCUUCUAUUGAAGCGGAGGUCGACGAAGAGGGCUUCCCUUUAAUGUCCUUGACACAAGAGGAGGCGUCUGUGUUGAAGGCCGUUGAAGAAGAGUAUCAGCUGUCUCAAGCACCCAAGCGCGAGUCCCCGGUUGAAGACUAUGACUUGCGCUGGUUCGGAUCUCAACUGGGGGGAAAGCGUCAGCGGCCUAUCGUUCGGAGUCAAUUCAAAGAGCCUGCUCCCGUUCGGGGCCUUUCCAGUUCGAAUAUUGGUGUGCCCUCCCAGCAGCGUGUCAAAUUCGAAGCUAUGUCUCAAGUUGACAACAAUAUUCUGGUCAUAGCUGAUGACGAGACAUCGGAAGUCCCUUUCAAACGCCCUGCGCCAAUAAUAAAGCGAGCUAGACCAUCCGUUGCAUCUGAACCGGUGGAGGUCAUCGAGAUACUCUCUUCCGACGAAGAAGACAAAAAGCCCUUGUUGCUCGGGUUAGACCGAGAUAUGCAGACAAAGGCUGGAUCACGCAAGGCAAGUGAACCCCCGGCUAAGAGGCGGAAAUUAGAUUUGUUAUCAACAUCGAAAUCCGGUACCGCUAUUGAGGUAAAAGACGCUGGCAAUGAGCAACUUCGAAAGGCGAUUCUGACACAGCCAAUGAAUCGGCCAGUCCAACCAGCGAUGGCUCGGCAAUCCUUAACUCAGGCGACAUCCUCUGCAAGGUCAAGUUUUUCUCUGUCUGCCAUGGUUGCCCUUUGGAAGGACGCGGACGCCUUGGACGAAGAGUCUGAGCCAGAGGACGCCGACCCACCUUUACAUGAGGAGAAGAAUAAGACUGAGUCGACACCGGCAUCUCCGACCCAGUUCAACAGCAGCGCAACAGUCGCGCUGCCUUCUGCAACCCCGCUACUGGAUAAGUUCUUCUCACAGUAUCCAACAUUCGAUUACAAACCAAGUGCUCCUGCCGGUGUGGAAUUUGCUCGGCUUAGCCAAGCGCAAGGCUGGAGGCAGGGAGAUUGGAGGGGAAAGGAAGCGAGGGAGGACUUUGAAACCGUCAUGAUCAAGCAAUUUAACGCGAUCUAUGGCUUAGACGAAAAUAGUCUCGAAGCUUGGCAAUUCAUGUUAAAUGUUCUCCGUGUGGAGCCCAUCCCGACAACAUUGGACGAAUGCAAGGCAGUCAUCAGCACGAUCCAUGUCAACUUAGUUGACCUUGUGGACGUCCAUCGCUCUGGGGAACCCGUACAUCUAUUUGCUAAUUUGGCUCAACUUCGAGCUUAUACUCGCGGCCCGAAGGUAUUUCGUCUGCAACGGGCCCUUGAAGGUGGCAUCAUCAAAUUUCUACUUCGUAGAAUUCGGCGGUAAAGACUGUAAUGUGGUUAUUAUGAAUACAUACAUAUCCUUCAUUGCAUUUUCACACGUAUCCCACCCCCAUCAAAAGUUCACAAUUUGUCCAAUAUGGGUCACUGGCGGAGAUAUGUGUACGGUGCAAGUCGGGAUUUGGCCAACGUCCAUCAAAUCUGCAUUAGCUUUCUUGUGUUAAUCUGACUCCUCAGGUCCACGCACAAAGUUUCGAUGCGCGUCCUCGAGACUCCUCAUCCGGAACAGUAACAUCUUUUGACUGC